GUAUCAAGGUUACAUUUAUACAUACCGAGUGUCCCAGACAGAAACAGGUUCUUGGAGUGCUGAGACAGCACCCGGGGUACAUAAAAGAUUUUUCCGGAAAAUAAAAAAUCUCAUUUCAGCAUUUCAGAAGCCAGAUCAAGGCAUUGUAAUACCUUUGCAGUAUCCAGUUGAGAAGUCCUCAGCAAGAAACACACAAGGUACUACAGGGAGAAGAGAUUCUGAUGUCUUCUUGAAAACACCAUGAAGAGAAAUAAAACACCUUGUACUUUACUUUUAAUAAUUUAAAUUUAUGCUAAGUUUUGUAUGUUGUAGAUAAUCCAGUUCAUCGAGCUACAAAUGUAUUUCUAACACCAUCAUAGUCCUGUGAUGAACGCAUCUAGUCUGAUGUUAAAGCUGAAAUGGACAUUGUAGAGAAUGAAGGGCCUUGAAAUGAGGAUUGGGAAAAAUAAUUCCUUAGGUUAUUUUCAGUUAUUACAUUUACAAAUGGGAAUGUAGUGAGUACUUCAUAAAAGAUUAAGGUCAAUUCUUGCCAAAUAUAAAUAAAAAUAAUCUUCAGCUUUCGUCAAAAGCACCAUUUUUAGUGAAAUAUUACUUGAUAGUUACUGAUUUUUAAAUGUCUUGCUUGAUUGUGUGGCGGGAAGGUGGUUAUCAUAUGCAGUUCUGCGCUAGCAAUGGUGUUAUGGGAGACUUAUGAAGCUGUGUGCUAAAACAAGUACUAGAUAAAGAGUAAAGAAUUUGUUUAAAUCUGAAAGCAAUCUAUUUGCCUAGAGUUCUCAUGUUAGACAGUAAAAUCUAUAGGCCAAUCUGGAGUUUAAAAUCCUAUAAUUUAAGACAUGCUAUUAAUGUUUCUUUUGUUUUAUGCAGGCUUUGAAAUUAUGCUGGGGAUCUGAUGAAGCUCAGUUUUCUUCUAAUCAUUUAUCUUUGCCCCAGUUGUUUCCACUACAUGUAAAACCUUUUUUAAAAGGGAAUUUUCAGCAGCUGUAGUUCAUGAUUAACUAACUUUUUAAGCAGACUUCCUAUUCGGCAACCCUACAAAACCAUUAGAAACUUAUGGUUAUAUUAACUUUUAAUGAUUUUGACUGAUUGAAAUCUAACUGAGAGUCAGAUUUUUAUGUAGUAUUUUCUUCUUAUGUUUAUAUUUUCAUCACUAUUGUGAUUUAUUAUAUGCUUAGUUGCUUCAGGGCUCACAGAAUUCAUUCAUUCAACAAACAUAAUAAGGCACUGGGGGUAGAGAAGUAAAAAUAGCUGGUUGCUGCCCUCAGGUAGUUCGCGAUCCAGUUGGAAGAGAAAACAGCAAUAAUAAAAGACAAGAAAACAAUAACAAUAAAUGUUGAUAAGUACAUAAGUGAGGUUCCCAAUGUGUAGGUGAUCUGUCUUUAGAGGCAGAACAAAUCAACACAAAUACUCUGGCCUAUGGUCUGUAGAAAAGGCUAAGUUUCAUGGUAAACUAAAACAUUGGAAUUCUGGGCUGUACACAAUGUGAGCUUGGUUAAUAAUUAGUGAACUGCUGAGAGAGCUACUAUUUGUGCUGAGCAUGUAACAUGGAUGAUAUGGGAGUGCAAAGGUAGAGUAUGGUCACAAUAAUGUAUUGUGGGCAGUUCACCAUUAUAAGGGAAUUCAGGAAUAUACUUGCAAAUUAAAAUGCAUAUGCUUAAAUACUUUUAACUACUUUUAGUUUGAGUUUAAAUUUUAA